UGUAGAAAUUGAAUUUAUACUGCAUGUUGGUGGAGCUAUAUAUAUCACAUAUUAAUACGUCACUCCCCACUCAAAAUGCCUACAAAUAGCGAAAACAAAGCGGAACCACAAGUCCACUACUCUGAGUACGAGCACGAGCACCCCCACAAGCUUUGUAGCUCUGCUCUGCUCAGUAGGCAAACAGAUCUCAGCAAGAUGGCCGAGGUGCUGGCGAGUGGUGCUACCGGGUUGAUCACAUCACUCCUGGGCAAGCUCGCCAGCCUGCUCGAUGACGAGUACACCCUGCUCCGCGAGGUGCGCGGCGACGUGGAGUUCCUCCAGGCCGAGCUGAGCGGCAUGGACGACUUGCUGGUACGGCUUGUGGAGAUGGAGAAGAAUGGACACGGCACCAAGAAGUGGAGGGUGAAGCUGCGCGAGCUCGCCUACGAAGUCGAGGACGGCAUCGAUUCCUUCACACACCGCCUUGGCUCUGCCCGUGACAGGGCAGGGUUCGUGCGGGGUUUCAUGAAGCAGCUGAAUCUGAUGGUGCGCCACCAGGUCGCCAGGCAGAUCCAAGAACUCAGGGACCAAAUCGAAGUCGAGUGCGCACGGCAGAUGAGGUACACCCAGCUUGGUGGUGGUGGCUCAUCAUCCAUUGACGCCGCCGUAGCUGACCAAAUCGACUGCCGCGUGAAGGCGCUGUAUGUGGAUCCGGACCAUCAGCUUGUGGGGAUGGAUGGUCCGGUGGCGAGCAUCGUCGAGCUGCUGACCAUGGAAGAAGACGAGUCGUCGGCAAGGCAGCUCCGGAUCGUGUCCAUCUUUGGCCCUGGAGGUCUAGGCAAGACUACUCUUGCCAAUCAGGUGCACCGCAAAAUCAAAGGCCAAUUUGACUAUGCUGCUCUGGUGUCUGUGUCUCAAAGGCCAAUCAGGGACAUUUUGACCAAGAUUGCUCCUUCAGUCAUCCCAACUGACAGCAGCAGCAGUUUAGAUACAUGCCAACUCAUCGAAAUCGUCAAAGAUUUUCUUCAAGACAAGAGGUACCUCAUUGUUUUUGAUGAUAUCUGGAGUACAAAAAUGUGGGAGAAUCUGAUGUCAGUUCUACCUAGAAACAACAAGAAAAGCAGAGUAAUUACUACAACUCGCAUGUCCAAUGUUGCGAGCUCACGUUCUCCCCGGUCCAAUGGUCAUAUCUAUGAAAUGGAAUCUUUAAAUGAUGCUGACUCCAAAGAGUUAUUUUCUAAAAUCAUUUUUGACCACAAGGGUAAAUGUCCAAAGGCAUUGGACGAAAUAGCCGAUGAAAUUUUGAAAAAGUGUGGUGGCAUACCGUUGGCCAUAAUUACGUUAGCUAGUUUGCUUGCUAAAAAACCAAAAACAAGGAAAGAGUGGAAGAGAGUGAAAAGUUCUAUUGGCAAUGCAUGUGAACUAGAAGGGAUGAGACAGACAUUAUCCCUUAGCUUUUAUGACCUGUCUUAUGAUCUUAGAAACUGUUUCCUAUCAUUUAGCUCCUUCCCAGAGGAUUAUGAAAUUGAUAGAGAGAGAUUGGUACUGAGAUGGAUUGCUGAAGGAUUCAUUUCGGGGAAAGAACAACAGGAAUUAAUGGAGGAAGAAGGAAACAACUACUUUAAUGAGCUAGUUAAUAGGAGUCUGAUUCAGCCAAUUGAUAUUCAAUAUAAUGGUUCUGCACGAGCUUGUCGAGUCCAUGAUCUGAUGCUUGAGCUUAUAGUGUCCCUGUCAAAAGAAGAGAAUUUUAUCACUACAUUGAAUGGACCGGAGUGUCUACCUAUGCCGAGCAAAAUUCGAUGGUUAUCUCUCCAUUCCAACGAAAAUGAAGUAAUGCAGGUGGUCACAAAUAAUCGUCGCCAUGUUCGGUCUGUGAGUUUCUUCCCGCCUGUUGCACAGUUGCCUCCUUUUGUUGAAUUCCAAGCUAUGCGGGUUUUUGAUGUAAAAGGCUGUCAGUUUGGGGAGCACAAAAAAAUGAAAAACAUGGAAAGUUUAAUUCAGUUGAAGUAUCUGAAUUUGGCAUAUACCAAUGUGACAGAACUUCCAAAAGAAAUUGGGGAGGUUCAUUUCUUAGAGACUCUUGAUGUUAGAAAUUGUCAAAUACAAAGUUUACCACCAUCAUUAUGCCAAUUGCAGAAGUUGGUGCGACUUUUUGUCAGCCUUGGAGUCACAUUGCCAGAUAAGAUUGGGAAGAUGCAAGCAUUGGAGGAGCUAUCACAUGUUGCCAUCUUAUGCAACUCUUUGAAUUUUGUGAAGGCACUAGGGGAGCUGACCAAACUGAGAGUGUUCCGAGUAGAUUGCCGGUAUUCAUGGCUUAACGGGAAGAAACAAGCCCCAAGGCAAUCAGUCAGCACGCAUGAAGAUGUUUUGUUGUCAUCUCUGCAAAAUUUGUUAAAAAAGAAGAAUCUUCGAUCACUAGAGAUCGACCUUACAAAUGGUUCUUCCUUGGUGUUUUCAUUGAUGAAUCCAUACUGUCCUCUUCCCCAACUCGAAGAACUUGUCAUUUCCAAUUCCAUUUCCAGAGUUCCAAGGAGCAUGAGAUCGCUGAAGGACGUUAUCCAUUUGGAAAUCAAGCUUGAUAGGAUGGAAGAAGAAGAUCUCCAUAUCAUCAGAGACAUGUCUCAUUCACUGCUUUUUCUAAAAAUCCACUUGGAAAUAACCCCAGAAGAGAGGCUUAUCAUUGACUCCGAGGGAUUUGAGUGUCUGAAGCAAUUUGAGUUUUGCUGUGUUGGAAUGGGGCUGAAAUUUGUGCAAGGGGCUAUGCCAGAUCUCGAGAAGCUUGAUCUUGAUAUUGGGGUUCGAAAGACCAUGUCCAAGUAUGGCGGUUUCGACUUUGGCAUCAAGAAUCUUGAAGCACUCAAACAUGUUGGUGUCAAACUUGAUUGUCAAUAUGCUGAAAAUCGGGAGAUCCAGUCUGCAGAGGCUACUAUCAGGAGUGGAGUCCUUCCAAGACGUAUAAUGCCACAAAUUCAAAGGAUUGGUGUGAACAGAUGAACUUUCUUCCAGAAAUAGUUGAAUGCUACUGCUUUGGUAUUUGCAGGGAACUCAUUGGAUUCGAUUCUAGGCCCUAUUGUGAAAGUGUGAUGAGAGACAAAUAACAGAUGCAACACACAUCGUUAUUUAUGGAUGAUGGUUAUGCAACUCUUUGUUAAUCAUCAUAUAUGAAAAUUUAGCUGCUUUUAAUAAUGUCAUGUCAUCUAAAGUAUGCUGGUGAUCUUUAGUUCUUUUGUGAUGUAGACGGAUGUUAUGUAAACAACGUAAUAAUUUGGCUCUACCUUCUCAUGAAGCAGAGGCCGUGCUUUUUUUCACUAUUAAAAAAAAUUCUCAAAGAAAUAUUUGUA